AUGCAGGUCCGACAGAUUCAAGAUGGGCAAUACACUGCGACAGUUUACACUCUUAUCCGAGAAGGCCGGCUAGAAGAAGUAGUGACUAUCCUUAACAAAGAGCUUCAGCUAUCUCCCAGGUCACGUGCCGCUCUUUCACUACUUGGCUACUGUUACUAUAACCUCCAAGAUUAUCGCAUGGCGGCUACGAUGUACGAGCAGCUGGUUCGCUACUACCCAGAUGUCGAAGAUUAUCGUGUUUAUCACGCCCAAAGCUUAUACAAUUCAAUUAGAUUUAUUUUUUUCAUUUACUGUCCGCUACCAGGUUGUACGCUGCCACUGCUGCCUCCCACAUCGCUCUGGUGCGAAAUUCACGCCAUCAUCCCUGAUCGCCAAAGUGUGGCCUCCUUACUUUAUUACACUACGAGGAUGCCAGCCUUGAAAAUUUUGGCCUCAAAGACUCUUCUUUGAGUUCAGGCUAUCUACUUGGGUCCAUCAGACACCAUGAAAGUCCCAGUCUCUACAGCUUGGGAUAGGUGGUGCCUUCUGUAUAAUUUGAUUCCCUAAAGUUAGGAGUCCGUAGGAAAAACUACCCAGCUGCUGCUUCCCUGACAUAUCUGGGAUAAUUUCAAUAGGGAAACUAAGCCUCAUAUAUAAAAUAUUAGAGAUGAAUUAUCGGUCAGGAGACCAGAAAAUUUGAUCGACGCCUUAUUUUAUUAUACCCAAAGGUUAUACAAAGGAGCUUUAUACGAAGAAGCCAUGACCGCAUUGAACAUGAUUAAAAGUAACCAAUCAGCUCAAAGAAUUCUCCUUAUGCAAGCUGCUUCUUACUAUGAACAAGACGAAUUGGGCCACGCCAAAAGUGUACUUGCCAGCUGUGCUCAAAAUGAUCCUGAAGUCAUUAUUAUUGAAGCUGCAAUUUUAUAUAAGGAAGAAAAGUAUGAGGACGCAAGGGUCAAGUUUCAAGAAGCGCUAAACCAGAUCGGGUAUCAGUGCGAUUUAGCUUAUAAUGUUGCCUUGUGCCAUUAUAAGCUGAAACAGUGGGCGCCAUGCUUGAAGUUCAUUGCAGAAAUCAUUGAAAAAGGGGUAAGAGAACAUCCUGAACUAGGAGUUGGGAGCAAUGCAGAAGGAGUUGAAGUAAAAAGUGUGGGGAAUACACAAAUUCUUAAGGAAACUGCACUUAUUGAAGCUUUUAAUUUAAAGGCUGCAAUUGAGUAUGUGACCAAAAAUAUAGCAGCUGCUAAAGAAGCACUCUUGGAUAUGCCUCCAAGAAGUGAAGAAGAAUUGGAUCCAGUCACACUUCAUAACCAAGCACUGAUGAAUAUGGACUCUGAUCCAACAGUCGGAUUUAGAAAGUUCAAUUUCCUGCUGCAAAAUCCGCCAUUCCCUGUUGAAACUUUUGCAAAUUUACUGAUUUUAUAUUGCAAAUACAAUUACUUUGAUCUUGCUGCAGAUGUCUUACCUUCCCAUUAUAAAUAAAAAUAAGAGAAUUUUUUUAAAUAAUUUUUCUAUAUUUAAAAAACAAUUUAAAAUGGUGAGACCUGGCAUGAUUUUUUCCCAUCUAUGGGCUCAGUGAAGGGAGAUCUAUGAUCUUCUGAGGGCUUGGGCUAAUAGAGACACUAUCCAAUGGCACGGGGUAGUGGGAAAAGAGAGUUCUUCGGAGCUGAAGGUGAAGGAAGUUCUAAGAUCAUGUAACUGUCGACUCGUUGCUAAGAGUGGAAUUCGUACUCUAUCAACAGCUUGCAGGGGGAGAGAGAUUAUAAUUAUUAAGUAAUCUUAUCAAUCAAUCAAUCAAUCAAUAUAUAUUUAAAAAUUAAAUUUUAAAGAAAAUAUGUUUUGGUUAGCCGAAAAUGCUCAACUUACCUAUAAGUGUUUAUCAAACGAAGACUUCGAAUACCUAGAUGCUUUAAUUAUGUGCCAAACUUCCCCAGAAGAAGCCUAUCGCAAAUUUGACAACCUCGCCAACCAAAAUAUCGACCAGCUUAGGAAAUUUACAAAGCAAAUCCAAGACGCUCGAAUUGCCCGUGAUAACGAUGAAAUCCGAAGAACUCUCAAAGAAUACGAUUUAGCCCUAGAAAAAUACAUUCCCGUACUUAUGGCCCAAGCUAAAAUUUACUGGGACAAAGAAAACUACUCAAUGGUCGAAAAACUCUUUAGACAGUCUGCUGAAUUCUGCUCUGAGCAUGAAACUUGGCAGCUAAACGUUGCUCACGUCUUUUUCAUGCAAGAGAACAGAUUUAUCGAAGCAAUCCGAUACUAUGAGCCAGUCGUCAGCAGAUAUGAAGAAAAUUUGCUUGACCUGACUGCUAUUGUCCUCGCAAACUUGUGUGUAAGCUAUAUAAUGAACUCUCAGAAUGAUGAAGCAGAAGAGCUGAUGAGGAAAAUUGAAAAAGAAGAGGAAAAAGUAAGCUAUGAAAACCCAGAGCAGCAAUUGUUCCAUCUCUGUAUUGUGAAUCUUGUUAUAGGAACUUUGUAUUGCUCUAACCCCCCCAUUCCGUGAGUGAACAAAAAAUUUUGCACACGGAGGGGGCUAAUAUUUUUUUAAUAAAUUUAUAUAUAUCGAAAUUUAAAAAAAUCCGACGAAAUAAUUUUUAAGCAAAUAUUAAUUAUAUUUUGUAAAAAUAAUGUUUUAAAAUGCAAGCUGUUUAAAAUUGAAUAGAAUUAGCUAGAGGUGCCACUAUGACAAUUAUCACUUAUAUACCAAAAUUUUUUUCAUAAAAAAUUUUAUAUUAAAAUAUCUAUUAUUAGUUCGCGGAGGGUGGACUAUCACCCCAAAAAAAAUAGGGAUUUUCCAAUGGUUUUGUUCACUCACGAGGAAGGAGUAAGGGAAUUUUGAAUUUGGGAUUUCGAGAAUUGUGAGAAGCCUGGAGCCUUAUAAUAAAAAGCUAGGCACUGAUACAUGGUUUUAUGCUAAAAGAUGCUUCCUUUCUUUAAUUGAAGCAAUGAGUAAGCAUAUGGUGGUGCUUCCUGAUGCGUCACUUGCAGAAAUUUUGCUAUUUUUGGAUGCUGCUGAGAUGUAUGGAACUACAAUUCCAACUGAAAUUAAUCCACUUGACACAAACAGUGAAAAGAAAACUGUUGCGUAUGAAGCAAGAGUGCUGAAAAGAAUGUUCUUGAAGCUAAGGGAAUAA